AUAGUGCUGAGACACUCUGACAGAGGAAAGAGACAGAGAAACACACACACACACACACACACAGAGAGAGGAGAGAGACAGAAACAGAGCAGAGAGAGAGAGAGGAUCAUGGCUGACAUCCCUCAAUCAUUUUUGGGAUUGCUUGUGACCGUUUUGUACCUGCUAACAGGUGUCAGUGGAGAAACUCUCUCUAUGUUCUCCGGAGAGGGAGAUGAUGUCAGUCUGCCGUGUAACAAUGUGGUUUAUCCAAACUGCUCCUCUACUACAUGGAACUAUAACAGAAAUGGAUCUACUGGUACUAUUCAAGAGAUCACAUUGGGGGAGAUCAAAGUUGACCAGACAGAGAGAGCAGAGAGACUGAGUUUAGGGUCUGACUGUUCUCUACAUGUUAGUGAUGUCAGAGCUGAGGAUGUUGGACUCUACAUCUGUCAACAGUUCCUUACAGAGACUGGACCAAAACAUGGAGGUGAUGCUCCUGUUCAUCUGUCUGUUCUAACUAUCUCCUCUACCACACCAGUGACAGAUCUGAAGCCUAAUGUAAAUAUGACAUUACGGUGUUCUCUGCUCACCGAUACACAACAUGGAACGUGCCGGUCAAGAUUUAGUCUCAGCUGGGUCCCUAAUCCAGGUACUAAUGCCCAGGACACACAGGAUUCUUCCUGUGACAUCACUCUGACUGUGACACUCCAGAAGAAGGACAACAACAGGAAGUGGACGUGCACGCUGACUGAAGAGGGAAAUGUGAAGAUCUCCAUUGACUUCACCUCCACGUUCUCAGAUAUUGAAGAAAAGACCACUGAUAGUGAUGAUGUCAUCUCUACUGUCCCAGGUACCAGUAAUGCUGUUAAGUUGCCCAUCAGUCACAUCAUGCUCUUUGUGGCACUGACCAUCAUGGCUACCAUAGUCACUAUUCACACAAGGAGGAACCGCCCACCCAAGGCUCUGCCCCCACAAGCAGAAGAAGCCUCUGGUAUUGAGAUUCAUGUCCUGGAGGAAUGACCCCCUGUUCCUCACUCUUCUCCCUGUGCUGGACUAACUGUCUGUAGCUUUAUUGAUUCAGUAACAGAGGACAUUAUACAUGUUUUUAAAGCUGAUGUUAAUCUAUUUUAGUGCAUAGUGUGGAAGAUGUAUUAAUUUGUAGUUGUGUUCUCUUAUUUUAGUAUCUUUUUAAAGACCUUUAUGUAGUAGGGAUUCAAAUAUCAGCAAACCUUGGUUGAUGUUUUACAUUUUUACUGUCCAUUGUGAAGGACGUCAGCAUGGAGAAAUUCCUUGGUUUUGUUUAAUUAAUAAGUUGUGUCCUAAGCAGACUUAAAAUGAGCACAAUGCUUCUUCUAAAAUGUAUAUUAAUUACGAAAACUGUUUUUAAAUAAACUAAUAAAAAUACAGUA